UCAGGCCUGCAUAUACUGGAGGACUGCAAAUCUUGUCUUGGGGAUUUUACUGUGACUCUACUGGCCUAACGAAACCUAGUGGACCUUGCAGUCCGGGGUAUUUCUGUGUAGAGGGAGCCGUCACUUCUAACCCUAUUGAGGGAAUAACAGGAGGACCCUGUCCUGAGGGUCAUUACUGCCCAGAGGGAACUGUUCAACCUGUGCCCUGUGAUCCAGGGACUUAUGUUGCUGUUACGCACGCAACUCACUGUGAGCCCUGUGUGCCUGGCUGGCACUGUGUAUCUGGCUCUCUAUACUUGUGUCCUGCAGGCUUUUACUGCCCUGAAGGAACUGGAUUUUAUUUGAGAGGCUGUCCAGAGGGAACUUAUGGUCCUGACCCUGGCUACUGGUCUGUAUCUCAGUGCAGGCAGUGUGACGGUGGCCAUUACUGCUCUGCCAGAAAUGGCACAGCUGUCACUGGACCAUGUCAGGAAGGAUAUUACUGCUCACAUGGCAACAUCUCCCCAAAACCACUGUUACAGGCUGCAGGAGAGGGAGGGCCGUGUCCUGCUGGUCAUUACUGCCCCCAGGCCUCCAUCCAUCCUCUGCCCUGUCCUCGUGGCACAUUCUCUAACCUCACCAAAUUAGUCUCCCAGGAGGAUUGCCAGCCAUGUCUCCCUGGUUUCUAUUGUGAUUCUGUGGGUCUCUCAGCACCUUCAGGAGAAUGCUGGGAAGGUUUCUUCUGUUUGGAGGGUGCAGAUCGCCCUGACCCUCCUUUUAGAGACAGCCGGGGAGGACCUUGCCCUAAAGGUUAUUACUGUUCUAAGGGCUCUGUGGCUCCUCAGCAGUGCCCCCUGGGAACCAUCAGCAUAGACGACGGCCGAGCCAGCUGCAGCAUCUGUCCCCCUGGUUAUUACUGCCCUGGCAAGAGUAAUGGCUCUCUGUCUGGAAGUAACGAGUGUCCAGUGGGUUAUUACUGCCCAUCUGGGACAUGGUCCAAACACCAGUUCCCGUGUCCAGUCGGAUCCAUCAACCCAUACACUAGGAUGGCAAAACCUCAGGACUGCUUGCUGUGCCCUUCAGGCUCCUUCUGUAUGGCCCCUGGAAAGGGUGUUAUAUCCGGUCAGUGUGAUGCAGGGUACUAUUGCCUCUCUGGGGCAUGGUCACCCACACCACAAGACAGAGGGAUGACAGGUGAUGGAUGUCCUGUGGGUUAUUACUGUCCCCAGGGCUCCUCAGCACCCCUGCCCUGCCCCAUCGGACAUUACAGCAACCAUACCCUUAAUACUCAACUCUCUGACUGCCUGCCUUGUCUUCCAGGGUUUCUAUGUGCCACUAGAGGGCUCUCUUUCCCUUCUCAAAUCUGCCCAGCUGGCUCAUAUUGUCCAGGCAGAGAUAACAGCAGCAAGGAGGCAUCCAUACCCUGCUCACCUGGAAACAUGUGCCCACCUGGAACUAAUAGACAGGUGCCCUGUCUGCCCGGGACUUAUCAGGAUUUACCUGGACAGGCAGAGUGUGUUAAAUGUCUAGCAGGAUUUUACUGUGCUGGAUCCAUGGAUGCAAAAAGCGCGUAUAUGUCUGGAACUCACACUCCCAUGCUGUGUCCUAAAGGACACUAUUGCCCACCAGGAACACAGUCUGGUGUAGCCUUCCCAUGCCCAGCUGGUGCCUUCAGCAGACAGAUGGGGUUGUCCAAUAAGUCUGGCUGUGAGCUCUGCCCUCCAGGGAGAUAUUGCAGUUCCUCUGGACUCACUGCUCCCACUGGGCUCUGCUCUCCUGGUUACCUCUGUAUCCAUGGUUCUGCUUCUGCCCAGCCAGAGGAGGGCCCUACAGGAGGCCGUUGCUCUUCAGGGUCUUACUGCCCCCAUGGUACCAGCUAUAUGGUUCCUUGCCCUGCAGGCACCUUCAGCUCCAUAGACGGGGCAGCUUCAGUGGAAGUCUGUCAGCCAUGUUUGUCUGGCCAUUUUUGCGCUGAUAUCGGCCUCUCUGCUCCAUCCGGACCCUGCAAAUCAGGUUUCUACUGCACAAAGGGAUCCAAAACAGCUACACCCUCAGUUACAGGAGAUACCACAUCACCAUCCCCACUUACGGAUGAUUCAACCCAGGGUCUCUUCCAUGGUGAUGUGUGUCCUGCAGGCCACUAUUGUCCUGAAGGAAGUGCAAAGCCAAGCCUCUGUCCUCCAGGUACCUUCUCUGGGAGGUCUGCAGCUGAGUCUGAGGCUGACUGUGAAGCUUGCUAUGCGGGUUCUUACUGCCCACUGUGGGCUCAGACCUCUGUUGGCCUCCUCUGUCCCCCGGGGUGGUACUGUCCACAGGGAUCAGUGUCUGGACAUCAGCCAGAAUAUCAAUGCCCACCUGGCCAUUCAUGUCCAAUUGGUGGUGCUGAGCCGACCAUCUGUAGACCUGGAACUUUUCAGUCUUCAUCUGGACAAUCUACUUGCAACACCUGCCCACCAGGUUUCUACUGUUUGGAGGGAUCAUCUGUGCCAUAUCCCUGUCCAAUGGGCAGUGUUAGUCCAUCAGCUGGCAUGACCUCCCUGGCUGACUGCUCCCCCUGCCCCUCUGGCUUCUUCUGUAACAGUAGCGCUCUAAUGGAACCAACUGGACCCUGCAGUCAAGGACAUUUUUGCACCCAGGGGUCCACUGAGCCAUUUCCUGUCACGCAGCCUUUUGGAGAUGUUUGUCCCAUGGGAUACUUCUGUCCUCGUGGGAGUGGGUCACCGGAACCCUGUCCUGUUGGCAGCUUCCUCCCUACGCCUGGAGCUUCCUCCCGCUCUCACUGCCAACUGUGCCCCCCAGGGAAAUACUGCCUGAGUCCUGCUAGCUCACAGCCCACAGGUUUGUGUUCUGCGGGGUACUUCUGUUCUGGUGGAGCUGAAAGCCCCACUCCUCGGGCCAACUCCUCCCUGUUCAUUUGUCUCUGUGAAAUACUGAAGGUUUAUACCAAAAAGACAAGCACCGCCUUCUGGUUGGACAAUCUGUCCUGCCUCAACGACUCCAGUAAUUCUGGGAGAGACGUUUGCUGGAUCGAAGUGGUAACAUCGCCACAGGGAAAUUCAGACCAUAUUGUGACUCACUCAUUGCCAUGUCUCGAGAGCCCACAUUAUGCAUGUUCCACCUACAGAGGAGAUAUAUGCCCUAAAGGAUUUUAUUGUCCCGUUGGCUCUUCUUACCCACAGCCCUGUGAGGCUGGCUCUUACUGUAACCAAACUGGUCUGGAUGCUCCCGAAGGGCCCUGUGCUGCAGGAUAUCACUGCCCUAAAGGUUCUUUAGACCCCCAUGCCAGCCCCUGCCCCACUGGACAUUACUGCCCCCUUGGAGCGCUUCUUCCUCAGCCUUGCCCCAUUGGAACUAUAAAGAGUUUCAUUGGUGGAUCGACAGUUGAGUCUUGCCAGCUGUGUCCCGCGGGUCACUACUGCCACCAGAGAGGAAAAGCUGAGCCAAGCGGCCGGUGUGCAGAAGGUUACUACUGUCCUGAAGGACAGAGCUCAGAGACACCACGACAACAUUUGUGCUCAGUGGGACAUAGUUGUGAGAAGGGCAGUGUCAACCAGACAGCCUGCCUCCCAGGCAGCUACCAGCAUAGACAAGGCCAGGGCAGCUGUGAGAUAUGCCCUGCCGGUUUCUAUUGUCAGCAUCAAGGAAUGACCCUGCCACGACCAUGUGAGAGAGGAUUUUAUUGUUCCAGUGGAUCAGCAAAUCAACAUCCCUGUCCAGCGGGGACAUAUGGAAAUGUGUCAGGCCUCAUUGAGGAAUGGCAGUGCUCCCAAUGUGACCCUGGGAUGUAUUGUAAAGAAAAAGGGAGGACCUUCCCCAAUGGGCCGUGUGUGGCAGGGUUUGUUUGUCUUGGGGGAGCCUCCACACCUACUCCACUUGACAAUUUGACAGGAUUCCCCUGUCCUCCUGGAUUCGUUUGCUCUGUGGGGACAUCUGUACCAACCCCAUGCCCAAAAGGAACAUUCAGUGAGCAGAGUGGGCUUGUGGAUCAGUCUCAGUGUCGUAGCUGCAGUCCGGGCUUCUACUGCUCGGGGAGUGGACUCUCUGUGGUCUCUGGGCCUUGCCUCCCAGGUUUCUACUGUCUUGAAGGGUCUCAGACUGCCACUCCAAUAUCAAAUGUGUCUGGAGGAGUUUGCCCAACAGGCCACUUCUGCACAGAGGGCACUAAUGUCCCCUCCCCCUGCCCAGCUGGGUCCUUCCAAAAUGAGACCGGAGGCAAAGGCAUAGAUGACUGCAAACCAUGCCAACAUGGCUGGUUCCAGGAUAUAUCAGGACAGAGAGAUUGUCAUCCCUGUCCUCCUGGGUUCCACUGCAGGUCCCCGGAACCCAGUUCCACCAGGGGGAGCUCUGUAGGGGUCUCUAGUCCAAUGCCUUGCCCUGCUGGCUAUGUCUGUCCCAGAGAGAGUCCAGGGAGUCAGCCUCUGCCCUGCCCCCGAGGUACCUACAGCCCGAGACAAGGUCUCACCAACAUAGGUGAGUGCCUACUGUGUCCGGCAGGUCAGUUCUGUGGGUCUGAAGGUUUGGUUGAGCCUUCAGGAGCUUGUGCUGCUGGUUUUCUCUGUCUGAUGGGUGCCACAGUGCCAAACCCAACUGACAACAGAACUGGAUCUUUGUGUCCACCUGGGGUUUUCUGCCAACAGGGAUUACGGGCAGGUGAAUGCUGGGCCGGGUUUUACUGCAGCUGGGGCUCAAUUAGAGCAGACGAGGUUCUGUGCCCUGCUGGUUUCUUCUGCCCCGGCAGAACACCAUUCCAUGUGCCAUGUCCUGCAGGAACAUUUAGCUCUUCCACAGGCAACACACACCAAGAAAACUGCACCACAUGUACCUCUGGAUACUUCUGUCAAGUUGAAGGUACUGUGCAGCCCGCACUGUGUCCCGCCGGAUACUAUUGUCCUGCAGGACUGACUCUAGGACUAGAGUUCCCCUGCCCACCUGGCACUGUGCAGAACCAACCAGGAGCCCACGGUCCUGAGGCCUGCCUGCUUUGCCCUGCUGGAACAUUCUGCUCUCAUCCUGGUCUGUCAAAGCCAACAGGACUCUGUGAGGCAGGAUACUUCUGUCCUGCUGGAUCCACAAGUCCUAACUCUGCUAAUCAUCAGGGGAAUUCCACCAGAAGCCGUCUCUGUCCUUCUGGCCACUUUUGCCCCCCUGGCACAGGCUACCCUCUCCCCUGCCCCACAGGCUCUCUUUCCAUCUUCAGAGGCCUAAAGGGAGAGGACGACUGUCCACCCUGCCCCGCUGGACUGUUUUGUGACAGGCCUGCAAUGAAAGCGCUAUCAAGUGCUCUUCCAUGUCAUGCUGGGUAUGUAUGCCUGGCUGGCAGCUCCAGUCCCACUCCAACUGCUGGUUCCCAUGGCUAUCUCUGCCCUCCUGGCCAUAGUUGUCCUGUUGGCACAGCAAAUGAGGUGCCUUGUGAGCCUGGCACUUUCAAUCCUGCUCCAGGAGCAGCCCGUUGCUUAUUAUGCCCCAAAGGGAGCAUGUGUUCCUCCUCAGCCACUCAAGAGCCCUCGAUCUGCCCAGCUGGUUAUUAUUGUCCCAUUGGAACAACCCUGCAGCAGCCCUGCCCUUUAGGGACUUUCAGCAAUCAGACAGGAGCUCACUCUCUGUCCAUCUGCACGCCCUGUCCCUCUGGAGUGUACUGUAGCUCAUAUGGAGCCUCAACACCACAAGGCUCUUGUUUGCAGGGUUAUUUCUGCCAAGGUGGAGCCAUGGGGCCAACACCACAGAGCUCUGAAAAUUUCCCCAGGAAUGGCCCCUGCCCCGUGGGCCACUACUGUCCAGCUGGGUGCCUCUCGCCAGUUCCCUGCCCUUUUGGCAGCAUUCGCAAUACCACUGGAGGUGUGUCAAUGGAGAGCUGCUCUACCUGCCCUGCAGGUCACUACUGCUCCAAUGAGGGUCUGUCCAACCCCAGUGGCCCCUGUGCUGCAGGUUUCUACUGCCCUCAUGACUUCUCUUCAACAACUCCAUAUGCCUUUCUCUGUCCCAAGGGACACUGUUGUCCACAGGGCUCUGCUCUGGCCCUGCCUUGUCCUACGGGAGAAUACCAGCCAAACCCGGGCUCAGAUAGCUGCAUCCCAUGUCGACCUGGAUUUUACUGUGAGGAGGCCAUAGUUGGGGAGCCUAGGCCCUGCCCACCACACUCAUUCUGCCCUGCAGGUACAAUGGUGCCUCAGCCUUGCCCUAAUGGGACUUACACUCAUUCAAAUCAGGGAGGGCUUCAAGAAGAGAGAGAGUGUUUACCCUGCCCUCCAGGGAGGUUCUGCAGGGCUGGAAGGAUCCAGGGUACAUGUGCUGCCGGGUACCUUUGUGUGUCUGGGAGUGCAGAGUUUACCCCUCAGACACCACUGUUUAACCAAACAGAGUGCCAGUGGGGCAUGCAGUGUGCCGGACCAUGUCCUCCAGGUUUCUUCUGCUCUGACGGUGCAGAGAAGGUUCAGUUGUGUCCUGUAAACACUAUCAGAGUCUCCCCAGGUGGUGCCAGCUUACAGGACUGCUUAUCCUGCCCACCUCAGCAUUGGUGUAGACCUGGAGACCCUGUGCUUCAUCUGUGUCCUGCUGGUCAUUACUGUGAUGGUCUGCCAGGCAAUUAUUACACUGGAGGACCAGGACCCAGGCCUUGUCCUCUGUACACCUAUCGAGCUUCCCCUGGAGCGGGCAGCAAGGGCGACUGCUUACCGUGCCCUGCUGGUUCCCUCUGUAACGGCACAGGACUUACAGACUACUCCAGCAGCCCAUGCCCACCUGGUUUCUGGUGCAGAGGGACAGGACCCCCCAUCCUCUGCCCCACAGGCACUAAGAGGCCCCUGCCUGGAGCUGCUGCACCCAAUCAGUGUGAACCGUGCACAGGAGGGACCUUCUGUCCAGAUCCCUGGCUCACAGGACAGCCCAAUGUGGAGGGGAUUCCCUGCAGGGCCUCAUAUCAAUGCCCUACUGGUGCAGUCUCAGAGAGGCCAUGCAGAGCCGGCUCUUACUGUGGACCUCAGACAGCUGAGCCUCGGGUCUGUCCGGGAGGUUAUUUUUGUCCAGAGGGAUCCCAGUCCUACCACCACCCUAAACAGCUUUGCCCAUUCCCUUACUACUGCCCGGCAAACAGCUCAGGCAUGAAGUCCUGUGAGGGAGGAUCCAUGCCUGUCAACACCAGUGGGCUCAGGGGAUCUAAAAGCAGCAGCUGUAGUGUUUGUGAGGGGGGCACCUAUCGUCCAUAUCUCUCUCCCAUCCCAUAUUGUCCUCAAUGUCCUGCAGGGUACUUUUGCCCCGCAGGCACAUCCCACUACAAGAGUAAUGCCUGUCCUGUUGGUUAUGUCUGUCCCAUGGGAUCCACUCAACCAAUACCCUGCCCUCCUGGUUUCUUUGGUAACCUCACUCAUGCUGAAACAAUAACAGGUGACUGUCAGCCAUGUCCAACUGGCACCUUCAACCACCUGCCUGCUCAGAAGGCUUGCUUCCCCUGUGGCAGUUCCUCUACUUCAGCAGCAGGUUCCUCUUCUUGUAGCUGCAUUGGUAAGAACCGUGCAUUCCAGCCCUCAGAUGGUUCAUGUUUGUGCAGAACUGGUUUUAUCUUCUACAAUGAACUGGAUUUCAAAAGCUCCACCUCUGACAGUGAGUUUGACUGCCAGCCUGAGGUGAACAAACGGUGCGCAACAGGACAGGUACGUCUGGCAGCAUCUAGAGCCUGUGUAUCACCCUCCCUCCACUCCUGUAAUAUCACCUGUGGACCACAUGGAGGAACUCUGGAUGUGGAGAUGGGCGUCUGUCAGUGUGAGCGAUAUGUAUCUGCUGAGGAGCUUUGCAACACUUCCUGCCUUUCCAGGCUGCCUCAGCUCUCUGCUGAGAUAUCAGAUGGAAACCUGCAGCUCAGCCUCAAAGAGAGAGACAGCAUGGUGUGGUUCAAAACUGUCAUGAAUGUUUUAGGACCAGAUAUCCAUGCUAGGAAUAUUGGUAAAAUCAAUUUUGUCCAGUUUGAGCCUGAAGGAGUGUUUGGUUGGAUUCCCACUCGGAGAGAUCUCAUCCAGCAGUUCCUGUCAGAGCCCUUACAACACUAUAAUGUAAGCCCUCGAGAGAGGAGAGAGACAAAACAUGAUGAUGCAGACUCAGGUGUCAUCCCUCGUAUUCCCAACCCCAUCGCAUGUCUGACCUCCGGUGACAUGCUUGUUUUCCACCUAACCAUCAACCAAACUGACCGCCACAGCAGCCACUUCCCAGUGUAUCAGAAAGACCAUCUGUUUAACAGUAACCCCAGCUGGGAUUUUGGUGCCUUUAGACGUCUGGAGAGUCUCAUUAAACAGACAAAUUUCAACUCCACAAGGUUUGCCCAUGUGUUUACAGAAACAGGGAAGUAUGUGUUUGUGGACAGUGCUGUCCCAGAGUGGAGUUUGGUGGUGGUGGUCAGUGAAGAGGGGACAGAGUGUGACCCUCGGCUGUCUGUCUUCCAACCAAUGACGCCAGCACAGCUGGUCAAGCACGGAAUUGUCAAACAGCACAAACUCAACCUGCUUCCUGACUGGGGAGUGAUUGCAGGGAUCCUGAGUCUGCUGCUGGUUGUAGUUGUGAUUGUGACCACCACAGUACUGGUGCUGCGACCUGGAAAAGCAAAACUCGUCUCUCAGUGGAAGAUUAAGCCAAAGUGGCGCAGCCUUGGGGAACCUAUCUGUCCAGUGGACUGUGUUUGCAGUGCAGAAAGCAUAGCUGUCCCAAGCCAAGGUGGCUUCAUUGGCAGUAGGGGUGUAGGAGAGGGAGCAGAGGCUGAGGAGCCCGCUUUGACAAAAGGAGGAAGUCGGUCAGGGCGCUUUGAUUUGGAGGAGUUCAAUGUGAAGACUCUGUAUGAUAAACUAGAGGAUCAGAACCUCCACAUAGCCUCACAACUGGCACGUCACCGCAAGGACACACAGGAGUUUUACAGAAAUAUUUGUCAGCAGACUGAAACCCUAAAGGAAAUCUUCGAGAAUAUGGACAUAAAAAAAAGAAGUCUUCUUAAGGAGCUGCUAGCCCAAAAUGCUAUCAUGGACAAAGCAUCUAACAGCAGUGCACGAGGAAGAGAUGAUCAAUCUGAGGCUUUUUUAGCAUUACUGGGAGCUGUUCUGAGGUCAGUGGAGACUCUUUUAUGCAGGCUGGGAGGGGACACGUGGCAGAGCCAGGACUUGCCUGGUGCGCCAUACAAUCAUACUGGUUCCCAUGAGGCAAGGGAGUGUGAGAGGCAAGCUGGUGACACCAACAUCUGUUACACACAGUUUUCUCCAAUGAGUAUGACCAGAGGAGAAGCUCCUCCCAAUGAGUCAGUCACUUUACAAAGCACAGCUCAUUGCCUGAGUGACCACGACCUGUCCAAGAUGAUCAGCAUAUCUCCACUAUUCAAGACCCUGCAGGAGAUCCAUCAAUCUUUACAGAACUUUACCACUGCUGAGUAUAAUCAGCAGUUUGACAAUGCAGCUACCGAACAUUAUGUCCAGGACAACCAUGAUGGGCAACUUAUCCCCACUGCACUGGACAGCCUCUCACCUCAACAUUCUACCAUUUUCCUGUUUGGUUGCCAAGUGAUGCAACUUCUUGCAAACUGCCCCUUAUUUCCCCCUGUGCUUCUGCUACUGGCCAAGUCUCUCCCUGUUUCUCAAGCUCUCUCUAACGAGGGUCUCCUGGCACAUUGCUCCAAGGACUUUUAUUUUGAUGGAAACAAUCAAAUCCUUUAUCUGUCAGAGAUAAAGCUGAAGAACGCUGGACAUUUUAUAGCUACUAUCCUGCAGUCCAUGGCCCACAUUGCAUCAGGAUCCAAACCACAAAGCUUUAUGAGAGCUCUCCAUGAGGCUGUUUCAGCGUUAAGCCUUCAGCUGUUCAACUCUUCUUUCACAUGGAGCACAGCAGAGUCAAAAUUUGAUGCUUCAGAGGGGUGGUGUGGUGCACUAGCUGAGGAUUUUCUCAACAUCAGAUAUCCUAAUGAGGAGCAUUUCACUGAGCAUCUAUUAGCUAAAAGACUUGAGAAAUACAAAUAUUUCAAGUUAGAGCAACUCAUCUUGAACCUGAAACAGAAUUCAGCAGAGGACACAAACACAGGUUUACUGCCAAAAGGGACGCCGAUGCAGAUUUCCUGCGUUGAGGAAGUAAUUGACCACUUGAAUGAGUCCUUCCUUCAGCUGAGCCUACAGCUACAGAAGAGAGCUCAAAUGAGCAUGUGGCUAAAGGAGAGAGAAAGCAGUGCUGCCAGCCGUUCUGCAAGGGCAACACCAACAAGCUCACCAAGCCUUAGUCGUAACGGAACAAUCCUGCUGGAACUGAAGAGGCACUACGUAUCACAGCGCCUCGAUGAGCUCCAAACCACAUUAGGCCACAUCAGACGGUGCCAGCAGCGUGACAGCAAGUCAGGAAGUGGGACAAGAGGCUGUACGCAAACAGACAGCAGCAGCACUCAGCAAGAGCAGAGACAGCAAUAUCCUGGCAUCGAUGGCCGAAGUCCUGCUGACAGCCAGCCGCAAGACAGUAGACACAGCCAGCAAACCAUAGAGAGCAGAGGUCUUGGCCCUUAUACAAUAGAGAGUCGUUUUUCUGAACAGCAAAGGAGUGGAUCUUUACUCAGUUGCAAGCUGCUGGAGAGACAAGAUCAGCAGUAUCUUAAAGUCCCAGAGGAGCAGGACAUCAGAAGUCACAUCACAAUAGAAAACACAACUGAACACACAGACAUUGAUGACCCGUGGGGACCUAAUGACCAGAGACUGAAUUUAAAUGACAAAUGCUGAGAAGUAGUUUGUUAUUUUUCAGUUUCUCUCCUUUGCCUUUAGUCUUUUAUGCUCAGUGCUCUUGAGCAUGAAAUAUUAAAGGCUUUCAUGCUCAAGAGCAUUGUUGAAAACAUUCUCCCUUGUUUUUGGAGACAUGACUUGAGUGACCUCUGACUUUAUUUGACUAUUUUUGAAACACUUCUUCUGUGUUCUUUCUAAUUAUCUACCGUUGAGUAUGAAUAACUUAUAGCACGUAUGAAGGAGUUAAAACCUAGACCUCUAAGUCAGCCUCUGUUAAUUAGCAUAUUCUAAUGGAGACAAUAAACUCCAGCUGAGUGAACAUAAGGUGACCCUCGUAACUCUGUGUAGUCUGCUAACAACAACCACUCAUUGUGUAGAGGUGAUGACCCACAUGUCUUCAUGAAUAUCCUAUUAAACUGCAGUAAUCUUU